UUGCAGGUAGAAGGCGAAACUGCACGUACGGUUGCCGAAGCAAUUAGCAUUCUUUCAGUUGAAAAGCCUGUUAUCGAUCGACAUCCUGAGAAACGAGUGAAAGCUGCUUAUCAGGAAUUUGAAGAGAAAAUGUUGCCACGACUAAAGGAGGAGUAUCCCACAUAUCGUCUUUCACAACUAAAACAGGUAUUGAAGAAGCAGUGGCAGAAGUCGCCUGAUAAUCCAUUGAACCAAAAAAUUUUGGGGAUUAUCCAGUGA